ACGCAAAUUUAUGCUUACUAGACGAAAUAUUCUUUUGACUUCUCUGCUGAUUUGACGAACAGUUGCAUUCGGUAUGUGAAUCAGAUUGGAAAUGAAAGGAAUAUUAAUAUUUUGUUUGUUCGUUUCGAUUCAUAGUUCCUUCUCCCUUUUCGACAAUGAACUCAACCUGAAAUGUACUGGAAGAAAAUUUGAGAAUGUAUCGUUGACUGCUUAUUAUCCGGAUUAUAAUGAUGAGGAUAAUGAGAAAGGUUAUCAAGAUUCCAAAGGACAUAAGCUCCGAACCCUCCAGGAUCAUAUCGAUGACCGUACGAAUUAUGUCACACUAGCAAUGGACCAAUCUCUAAAAAUCCCAUAUGGCACGAAGGCCUGCAUUCCAGAAUUGAAUCAACAUUUCGGACACAGGGUGGUGUUUGAAGUCAGAGAUACCUCCAGUGACCUGAAUGGAAGCGGAUAUAGGAGAGCCGAUAUUUGUGUUAGAACUGAAAUCGAUAGUUAUGACAUAAGUGUUAAUAGAAUGGCCACAUUAUAUUUGAGUAUGUGAAUCAAAAUGAAAUAUACUCUAUUGAUC